CUGGGGUGAGGCUGCUGGGCAGAGGUGGCCGGGGCGCCAGCGAGGAUGGGCUUGCUCUGCGGCCUGGCUCUGCUCCUUCUUCUCCUCUGCUGGGAGUCUGGAGAUUUCCGGAGCUCUGCAGAUCCCAGCCCCAAUGGGCCAUGCCCAUUUAGGACAACAGACACCACCAACAUGCUAACUGCAAUGCCACGGAUCAGCAAGAGCUUGGAGGGAAGCUUCCAGACCAGAGGCCUUGCUCAGACCACAGAGCCAGCCCAACUUUCUGGGGAGGCUCCCACCCUGUGCCCUGAGACCUUUUCCAAGACCUUAACCCCAGCUGUCACUGCUUCUGAAACAGAGACCGAGGAGACUCUGACCAUUUUAGAGACCCAGGACACCCAGACCACCCUCCCUGUCACAAAGUUCAGGGGGUUGCAGACCCCUUUCCCCAUCACUGAGUCCAGUGACACCCUGACCCACUCCACUGGCUCCAAGGCUGGGGAUACUCAGGUCACCUUUCUUGUCACAGAGUCUAGGGGCACCCAGAUUACUUCCCCUGUCACAAAGACCAGAGACAGCCUAAUCAUCUCCUAUGCAUCAAAAAGCAGGGACACCUGGAACAUUUCUCCAGCAUCAGAGGAGGACAUUCCCCUCUCCACAGAGUCCAGGGACACUCAGACUACUGUCCAUGACACAGAGACGAGGGACACUCUGAUCAUUCCCCAUACCUCGGAGAGCAGGGUGACACAGACCAUUUCUUCUACCUCAGAGACCAAGACACUCACAAAAAUAAUCCCUUCUGACAUCAUGGCUGCAAUCACUGUCCCUGUGAAGGCUUUGGCUAUGGGAGGCAGCUCCACAAGAACUGGACAGAUCACAGAUGAGACUUCUCCAGGCAGUGAUCCCCUGAGAGCCAUCUCUGACACUCUUCAUACUGAUGACAGCUCUGAGGAAACAAAAUGGACCACAAACCACAUCUUGACAUUGGCGCGCACUUGGGUGGAAGCAGAGAGCCCAUCCUCUGACAGCAGCUCUUCCUCGGUCAUCACCACUUCCCAAGCCCUAGGUCCUAAUGCUGCCAGCAAGGUCUUGGUCCCCUGCAGCACCCCCCACAUCAAGUUCUCUGGGGAAAUUGAAACAGCUGCCACCAUCUCUGGGACUUCAGACACAGGUCACAGACCAACAGGAGGUAGGGCCUUGCCCACCCCUGAGAUAUCAGCUUUGUCUGCCUACACAGAGGAAAAGUCACCCAAGCUGAGCUCCAUAUUCCCUACUGAGACCCUGCCCACAGUUAGCACUUCAGAGUUAGCAAUCCCUAAUACCACCCCCGAGGCCUCACUCCCCAACAGCACCACAGGAAAAAAAGCAAUAUCAUCCCGCACCCCUGGCCCUACAACAGCUCAGGUGACAGUUAGCAUGGGCCCCUUGGGAGAAACCUCAGCCUUCUCUCAACAGAGCUACUCUGUGGUCUCAGAAGCAGUUAUAGUCUCUGCUAAAGCUGCCUCAACAGUGGGCCAAGUGACUUCCUCUUCUGGAUCCUCAGCUUCAGUCUCCAGCUCUUCAAAAGGAGCUGUCAUCAAGAACUCUACCCCACCAGAGCCUUUUACCACAGAAAGCACAACCAACAAGGCCUUCCCAACCAGAAGCAGCCCUCUUUCUUCUGUUCAUCCAAUUGUAGCUAGCAGCAGCCAAGAGACAAGCUUCACCUCAGCUAAGAUCAUGAUUUCACCAAAGUUCCCUUCAGAGAUUUUUACCAGCAAAGACAUAAUGAGCAGGGUUGACUCCACCAGUGAGGACCUUCCUUCUGUCCAUCUGAUUACAGUCAACAGCAACCAAGAGACAAUUGUCACCUCAGUUAUGACCAUAAUUUCACCAAAGAUCCGUUCCAAAAUUCUUACUACAGAAGGCCCAACCAGCAGGAGUCCUCUUUCUUCUGUCCUUUCAAUGACAGCCAGCAGCAAUCAAGAGGCAAUCAUCACCUCAACCAUGACCACAACCUUACCAAAGGUCCCUCCAGAAGUUUUUACUACAGACAGGGUGUUUUCCACCAGCAACCCACUUUCCUCUGUCCAUCUGACUACAGUCAGCAGCAGCCAAGAGACAAUCGGCACCUCGGCCAUGACUACAACCUCACCAAAGAUCCCUUCAGAGCCUUUUAUUAUGGAAGGCACAGCCAGUGGGGCCUCAUCCACCAGUGGGAACCCUCUUUCCUUUGUCUAUCUGACCACAGCCAGUGUCAGCCAAGAAACAAGUAUCACUCCAGCCAUGACCAGAGCCUCACAAAAGACCUCUCCAGACAUUUUUACCACAGAUGGUACAACCAGCAGGACCUUCUCCACCAUCAGGGAACCUCUUUCUUCUGUCCUUUCAACUAUAGCCAGCAGCAGCCAAGAGACAAUUGGCACCUCAGCCAUGACUACAGUCUCACCAAAGUCCCCUUCAAAGGUUUUUACCGCAGACAGGGCCUUUCACACUAACAGCCCUCUUUCUCCUGUGCAUCUGACUAUAACCCACAGUAGCCAAGAGACAAUCGCCACCUCAGUCAUGACUACAGUCUCACCAAUGACACUUCCAGAGAUGUUUACCACAGAUGGCACAACCAGCAGGGCUUUUCUCACCAGCAGGAGCCCUCUUCCUUCUGUCCUUUCCACUACUGCUAGCAGCAACCAAGAGGCAGUCAUCAGCUCAGCCAUGACCACAAUCUCACCAAAGAUUAAGAGGAAGCCCCUGAUGGCUACAUCCACCACUGUUUGGACAAAUCAGUCUUCAGAAGUUACUGCAGGUGCAGAUGGAGGCUUCCUCCUCGUGCGGCUGAGGGUGGCUUCCGUAGAAGACCUUACAGAGCCUGCAAAGGCAGAGAGGCUGCUGCGGCAGCUCCACUGUGAACUGCAAAACUUCCUGAAACUUGCCCACCUUUCUUUACUGCGUGUCCAGAGAAGUUGAAGAAUAUCAGCUGCAGCCAGGCUGUCCCCUGUGCCGAAGAACAGCCCUGCCAAUGGCCUGAUCCCGCUGACAGACUGCAGCUGCGUUACUGUACUGACAGGGACCCAGAAGGUUCCCAUGAAGGUCAGCUGGCCCAACCCCUUACCCAGAAGUGAAUGUAGAAUCCUAGCUCACUUAUGUGUGGGGAGGGGGUUUCCCUUGUGCCCAGCAGGGUCCUUUACUUCCAGGGCUCAUGGAUUGUAGUCAAUAAAGAUAGACUGGAUCCCCCUUCCCUGCACUUGCAUGUGAUAUUCUAUGUGGGCAUUUAGGUUGCAUAGCUGUCUUAGUGACUUUCUCAUCCCUGGGACACAAUACCCGACACAUACAACCUGAAGGAGGAGAGGUGGCCCUGGCUCAUGGUUGCAGUUCAUGGUCAGCCAGCUCCAAGGUAGGAAGGCUGUUGGAAGGGGCUGGCCCAGGAAGCUUCUCUGUCACCGCAGGCAGGAAGCAGAGUGUGUAAAGGUGUGGUCCCCGCUCAAGAAACCCUUCCAGGCCACACCUUCAGGGGCCCUCCUCUUCCCACGGGGACACCACCUCCUGAUAGCAAGUCAGCUAUGGUUCUGCAACAGCAAACAGCAAAACCACAAACGACACCCAGGAUUUGCAGGCAGUUUUAUUUAUGUUGAUGGGCACUGACAAGGAAUCAAUUAUUCCUCAAAAUGUCAGUCCUCAAAGACUCAGGGAGGGGGGCUUUUAUGGAGUUGCAAAGGGAAAUACAGAGGCAGAGUAUUUGGCUGUCUUUGAUUGGUUCUUACAACACGCAUCAUAGUAACCAGCAAACAUUCCCAACAGAAGUAACAGGGACUGUAAUGGGAACUAUUACCUGGGCAACUAACAGAAACAAGCAUAUGGCAGGGUGGAGAUGGGGGGCAUUUUCGGCUACAGCCCCCCAAGACCCAAUCACCUCCCCAGAGGCCUCCCUCUCAGCUGUUAAGAGGCAGGAGGAGGUUCAUAAAGUAGCCUUGUGAAAAGAAUUCCAACAUUCACUGUGGUAAAUGCACCAAGAGUUUGGGGUGUCAUUUCUGGAUCUAAACAUCACAAGUAGGGCCCACAGUUUCCUCUGUCCUUUACAUUCUCCACUCCUCAGUUUGGACCUGGAUCACAGCCCUUACUGAGGCCACCCCUACAGUCUGCUGAACUUUGAGCUCUGUACUAGUCUCCUUAUUGAAUAUAAUUAAUUUAUUAAGAUAAAAGAUUUAUUUUGAAGCAUAGUUUUGGAGUUUUCAGGCCAAG